AUGACAGAACAUCAGCUACCAGUUAAUCAACUGGUCAUUCUAUCAAUAUGCCGCUUUGCCGAACCUAUAGCCUUGACUUCGGUCUUCCCGUACGUCCCUGAACUCAUGGAAUCCUUUGGAAUCCCCAAAAACGACAUUGCGCGCUGGGCUGGUAUUUCCUCGUCGAUAUUCUCCCUCUGCCAGGCGUUUACGGGCCUGUUCUGGGGCGCGGCAUCGGAUCGCUAUGGCAGAAAACCAAUUAUACUGUUUGGCCUGUUCAAUACCAUGUGGACGAUGCUGCUAUGGGGCUUUUCCGUCAAUCUGCCCAUGGCAUUGGUGGCGCGCGCUCUGGGGGGUCUGUCGAAUGGAAAUGUCGGUAUCCUGCGAACGACCGUGGCGGAGCUGUGUCCGUGGAAAGAGCUGCAGCCUAGGGCUUUCAGUGUGAUGCCCCUCGUGUGGACUGUAGGCGCGACGUUUGGACCGACUCUCGGUGGUGCGCUUGCGAAUCCGCUGGGCGUGGAUCCGCGGAAACCACGAGGUACCGCAUUUCUGGAAAGGUUUCCCUACGUUUUGCCAAACAUUGCCGCCGCCAUAUUCUUCACCGUAGGAAUUGUUGUUGGCUGGUUGUUUCUCCGGGAAACGCUGGAGAGCAAGAAGCACGAGCCGGAUCUAGGACUGAGGGUCGGCGCCAAACUAACAUAUUUUGUCCGGAAACUGCUGCAUUUGAAGACGGAGAGAAAGGGUCUGGAUGGCGAGAAUGAACCUCUUCUCGGCCGGCAAAAGGCAGUAGACGCUGAAGCAGCUGCUUCACCUCGUGUGAAGAAACAGAACACCAAGGAGAAGACGCCCUCAGUUCGAGAUGCUCUGACGUUUCAAACAUCAAUGAACUUGGUUGUAUACACACUGCUAGCCCUGUACUGUCAAGCAUACGAUCAGCUGCUUCCCGUAUUUAUGCAUCACCCUGUCCAGCUCGAUUCUGAUCCCGCAGUCUCGCUCCCGCUCAAGUUUGCAGGGGGAUUUGGUCUCGAGUCGCGCCGGAUUGGCCUCAUCUUUACCCUCUUUGCCAUUACGAGCACAGUAUGCCAAUUUCUGCUCUUUCCACCCGUUGCUCGCCGUCUUGGAGUGCUCCGUUGUCUCCGCAUCGCCUUCAUCAUGUUCCCGUUGGUGUUCUUUGUGACGCCAUUUUUGUCGCUUAUUCAGGACCCGAUUUCGCGGCAGAUUGCCAUGGUAUUGCUGUUGGUGGUUAGAGGGGUCGCGGGUACAUUUGCAUUCCCGACGAGCACCAUCAUGCUCACGAAUAGCGCGCCGAGUCUACGCGUAUUGGGAACGAUCAACGGGCUGGCUACAAGCUUCAGUGCUGUUGGCAGAGCAGCCGGGCCGACGCUGGCAGGCGGACUAUUCACGUGGGGCGUCAAACGCGGCUAUGUGAUUGUGCCUUUUUGGACGUUAUCUAUGAUUGCAUUUGCUGCGUGUAUUCCGACAUUAUGGCUAGUGGAAGGAGAGGGGUUUGGUGAUGAUUCCGACAUUGAUGAUGAGGAGAAUACCGUCGAGGUUGUUGUGCAAGAGGAAGAGGAAUGUGGGGUAGAGGAUGGGAGGGCGUCGGGGCUACAGGACCGCGACGAUGCAGUGCAGUCCGAGUCGGAGUUUGGGGAUCUGGGCGAACCGCCGAACCUGCUGAGCCUCACGACGACACGAUCGAGCUUUGGGAUAGCAUCGGACGAUGAGGAUGGGGGAGGAGAGCACGGGGGACAAAGAUGGGUGGGGCAUGGGCUGGAGCCGGCGAGAAGUCAUUCACAGAGCAGGAGACGGGCAGUCCGAAGACGAUCGUCAGUGCCUAUCGGUAUGGGCAUCGGGUUCCGGCGAUACAGUGCCAAUCUUGGCAGCACGGGGAUUGGAGGGGGAGGAGCGAGUUGGGGAGGUGCAUAG